AUGUCAUCAAGCUUCUACAAGGAUUUGAUGGAAAACAAUUCUGAUGUAUCUGAAAUAGGCCCUGAAGAUUUGGAAAAUAUUGUCAAGGGAGUAGAUGACAUAGACGAUGCACUUUUUGGCUUCAAACCGAAGCAGCAAGACUCUCAGAAAAACGUUAUUCCAACGUCAGACGUGAUAAUGCCUGAAAGGCCGAAAUCAGCAGUGAAGAAACAAUUAAAUGAUUUUCCACCUGAAGAUCCAUUAGCAGACAUUUCUUUAUCGGAUGAUGAUUUUUUUGAUCUAGCAAAGAAAAGCCCAUCAGCUACAUUGAAACGGGAUAUCACAGCACCUAAAACUCCUUCCAAAGAUAAGCUAACAAAGUCAAAGAAGAUUGCCAAUUUGUUUGGACUCGAUGAUGAAGACGAUGUUGUAACGGACAAUAAGAAGAAGCAAGAAAGCGCAGCAGAUUGGCUUGGAAUCAAGGAGAGUCCUGUGAAAACUCCUUCUAAACCAAUUUUAGGGGAGAGUUUUGGUAUUCAAACUUCAAAAACUGAGACACCCAGUAGCUUAACUGCUCAAGAGCCACCCAAAACUCCUAAUCUUGAUGUGAAUCCCAGGCCAUCCAAAAAUGUUUCCAAAGAAAUAGGAAUCCCAUUAGUAAAAAAAUCAGAGGGUGAAAUAAAAACGCAAGAAAAUCAGAAAACAAAAUCUGUUAAAGGUGAUGAGAGUAUUUUUGGAUUGCUAGAAGAGAAUCAGCAAUUCAAAGGGGUUGAAAACAUCAAAGAAAAGAAAAGUGCCAUUUUUGACGAGCUAUUUGGUGACAGCCCUCUCAUUCAGAAGAACAAAAGUCGGAGAAAUUCUGCUGUGAAACCAGCAGAUAUGUUGAACAUUGAAUCCCAAGCGAACAUUGAAAACCUGCCAAAGGAUGGAAAAGAUGACAGUUUAUCUGCCUUGGGACAAUACAUUCCGUCUGCUACAGCUUCAAAGAGGCCAACUCUGGGACGUAGAAGAGAGCCUACUUCACCUGUUAAACAACAGUCUGUCACUGCAUUCCAGAAUGACUGGCUUUUGUCACCAGAUUCAAAACCACAAGCAAAGAAAGAAACUUCAAAAUCAAAGAUAGAGUCUACUAAAUCAGCAGUAGAAGUCCACGAUGGUUUACCAACAUGGCUAGGGGGUCCCAGUAUCACACCGAGCAAAAGCAUAGAUCCGAAACAGUCAACAAAACAUGACGAGGAAAAACAAAAGAUAACACCAGCCAAAUUAGAAAACAGUCAAACUAUAGAUAAAACAAAACAAAUAGAACAACCUCUGGAGAAGGAUAUAGAUCCAGCUGAUCAGGUGGUGGAUUCCUUUAAAGAAGCACUUGCCACCAGUUCAGAACAAUCUCACCAAACUACCUUGGCACUGCAGCGAACUGAAGCACAGCUGUUGACCGCUCUGCAGCUGCAGACGACACAGGGUAAUCUGACAGCUGUGUGUGCUAGACAACGCAGUCUGCUGGACAACCAGGAGAGACAGUUGAGUCAGCUGGUAGCGAGGCAGACAGACAGACAGUCACAGCUAGAGAAACAACUUUCAGCGCAACAACUGAGAAUUCAGCAACUUCUACAGGUUCUUGCUGAAAAUGUAACAGCAACAUCACCUCAAAUUGAUAUCCUCCAACAAACUAUUCCUACAAGAGAUUUGGAUUCUGAAGAAAACAGUCAGAAGAAAGAGACAGUUGUGAAAGAUUUAGAGAGAGAAAUUCACAAGGCUAAUUUUGAAAAUGAAGAAUUAAGACUCCGAAUGGAGUUAAUGGAAAAACAUUACAAAAUGGAGUAUGAAUCUCUACAGGUACAACACAGGCGAGAAAUCGAGUCGUGGGAAGAGAAACUUGCGAUCCAAAAGGACUUGACAAACCAAAUGUGCGAAGACUACAAAGAGAGAAUCGUAAGACUGAAGGAGAGUCAGGUAGAAUUACAGGCUCAUCAUGAUCAGAGGAUUCAGAGACUGAGAGAGGAGAAGACAGAAGAUACUAAACAGCUGAUGGAAUUCCAUAGGGUUACAUUGGAACAGAUGAUGGCUAUCAGUCAAUUGGUAGCUCCAGCUGUUAGAGAAGAACAAAAACAAACCGCUUUUCAGGUUUGGAAACCAUUGGAUCCCACACAACUUACUGAAAAGGAAGAAGAAAUACUGAGAAAAGAAAAUAUGCUGAAAGCUUUACAAGAAAAAUUGGAGGCAAAAAAGUCAGCACUUGAAAAGAAAUCAGAGGAACUGGAUGAAAAAGAAGAACAAGAUAGAUUGAAAUAUGAAGAACUAUCAAGACAGUUAAAACGCGAAAAGAACCAACUGAAAUAUCAACAACAACAGUUUGAUAAAGAGAAGACCCAUACAGAACAACAAAACUAUGAACUAAGAAAACAGCUGGAGGAUAUGCAAGAAAGAAUACUUGCCGAACAAUCUUCUCUUGCUUCUGAAAAGUUAAAACUCAUGGAGGAAAAAGCCAAACUGGAUGCUUUAGCAAAACUGCAGGGAGUCAGUGGUUCUGCGACAUUCGAUGUUUUACAAUCUAAGGCAGAAGUCCAUGGGGCUCUUGAAGCUGCAAGAGAUGCUGAGCUACAAGUUGUAGAGGAGAGAAGGAAGUUGAGGGAAAAGGAACGCCUUCUUGACACCGAGCGCUGGAGAGUGAAGGAAAUGGAGGAAGAUUUGACAGCUCGAGCAGAGCAUUUGGAUCGUCUGACGCAGUUGUCAGAAGCAAAUCAACAACAAGGCCAACAAGCAUUGGAGGAAGCAAAACUACUGGAGAAAAGGGCUGAAGAAAAGCUUCAAGAAGUAGAAAGAAGGAAGACAGAAUUAAGAGAGAAAGAGAAGAAUUUGAUGAAGAUCAAACUUGAUAUUGCUCAAGAAGAAAUCAGACUUAGUCGGAAAAGAGAGCAGUUAGAACAUAUUCUGCCUUCAUUGUCAAACGAGGAAGCUACUACACUUCAGCCUAUAAAGAAUGUGAUUGAUCCAAAAAUGCUGAUAAUGCGGUUAAGAGCAGAAAGAGAAUUCGAGGUUAGAUCCAACACACAAACUUCGGAGAAAGAAACAACCAUCCCGUAGCAGCAUCUAACCCAAUCUAGUCAAUAAAAGUGAUCUGAAUAUGAGCGAUGAAAAAAUAAUAUAUGUUCUUCAUAAUCCUAGAUGUUGUGUUGUAGCUGUAAAAGUUUUAUACAUAAAGUUUUAUUUUA